UUAAUAAUUAGUUUCGAUUUACAGAAAACAAUGAACGAUUUCACUGAAAUGAAUUGUUACUUGUUGGUCUUCGUAGCGUUAUUUGGGACAUAUCUGACGAGUGGACAGGUCCUUUACUGUUGGAGUGGCCAUGAUACAACAAUAACAAACCAGUCAUGUGCAGUAAACAACGCUGUGACAACAGACAAUCAAACCACAACAAAUAAAACCAGCGAGGAGGAAGCUGUUACCUUCUGCUACGAGGUUAUAUACAGUGAUGAUGAAAACUCAACUUUGAAUUUUGAGAAGAACCCUGUUGCAGCACGGAAGACUCACAGAAAUGUCUCCUGCGAUUUCUUAGGACUUUGUAAUGAUAGCAUAGCAGGAAAUGCUGAGCAGACAACAGUUAAUGGCACUGAGGCAAUCCUUAUAUGCUGUAAGGAAGAUAACUGCAACAAAAAUCCCAAUAUUGCUCACCUCAUAAAGCCAGUUUGUAACAAUAUACAGUAUAAUGGAUCGGUGGCUACAGGACACAAAGAGACAUGCCCCUCUGCUGAUGACCUGUGUAUGAGUUUCACCGUAUACAAAGAUGGAGGUAUUCUUAACCAGAAGUUACAAUGUGGAAUAAAACAACAGUGCAACAUAACAAGUGAAGAAUUAAGUCCCACACCAGCCUGUGUCAACCAAACGGAAAGUGGACAGGAAGUAGAAAUUUGCUGUUGUUCUGGAGAUUUGUGUAUCCCAUUACCAGAGAAUAUCACUCUACUCAAUCCAAAAGACAACAAUGACACCGAUUCUCCGUUAGACAAAAUUAUUCAUCACAAAGUUCCGAGUAAGACAAGCACUGAUUGGUUGUUUGUAGGAGGCAUCAUAUCAGCAGGAGUUCUGGUUCUUGUUGUCAUAGUGAGUGUUGUUGUGAUCUGGCAGGUCAGGAAAAGAAAGCAGGCCAAGUCCCGCAAUCGCAUGUUGUUUUCGUACACGCCAAUUUCAGCGUCUGAAGUGGAGGAUGAUGACAUUCAGAUGUUGUUAUGAAGAUACAUGUCUUUUAAUAAUUUAGUGGGCAUGAUUGAAUAAAUUUUGUUACAGUGUUACUGUCGAGCUACGUUGCAGAACAGCUGAGAGUACAUCACAUCAAUAUGUUGUCCAAGAAAGACUUAGAUGUAUAAAAUCAGUCAUAAAAGGACAUCAAAAUGUCGAGUGUUCUUUGUUCUAAUAAUAAACAGAAGUGAGAAGAAUAUGUGCUCUCAGCUAUGUGCAUUUCCAUAUGACAUUGUGUUUUACAAAGAAUUGUACAGGGUUUUUGUUUUUAAAAAAAAUUCUUCCUUUGAAGAACCACUAGGAAACAGUUGAUUCCUGACUAUUCCAUAUUCCGUGACCAUUCAGUCGGAGCAGGUCCACAGCAGGGAUUUAUAGUCUUAAUAUAGACUUAUCUUUAUUCCGGGACUGUAGGGGUUAGAUACAUCAGUUGGGCUUUCAUUGGACUCUUAUUCAGGAUCCUGAUAACAAUGUAAUUGUGUGCAAUUUAUGUGCAGGUAGUGUGUGUUUGACAUUCUGAAUGUAAUUGCUAUCUAACUUGUUUUGUUUUUCUUCUGUUCAUUUUGGAAAAUUUUCUUUAGUUUCUUUUAAGGAUGAAUAUUUACAUCGAUAUAAUGGUCGACUUUCUUUCAAAUUAUAAAUGGUAAAAAUAAAUAUCAGUGACAUCACGAUUGACUACCAAUCUGUAGGUCAUGAGUUUAAAUCUCUCAGGGGUUUAAAUUUUUCCUGAUUAAUUUUUACUUAAACUGCAUUUUUCCACUAAAUCCAAUGAAUUUCUAUGGUUUGAUACACAUUCUUAAUAUGAUGAUAUCUAUACUAAAUAUUCCGCAACACAAACCACUGCAGAGUGUAAAAUUCUGUGAAACUUAUGUAAACCAUGCAUACACCCCCCUCCCCACCCCCACACACCCCCAAGCCACUAUUUUUACAGUCAUCAAGGAUAGUGGAUAAUUUGAACCAGAGUUUGUACUUUUUUUUUUUACCCAAAAUGACCAUUUUGUUUUAAAGUGUCAAACUGAGGAGGGAAAGGUCCUUAAACAUGCUUAUUUUUCUCAAACUAUGAAAAGUUGAAAAACAAAUACUUUUACAGUGAUUUGUCUGUCAUACUUAAAUUUUCAAAUUUGAUACUAAGUAGUAAAAAUGUAUUUCUCCAUCUUUGCUUAGCAAACUUUACAAGAAAAUCUGAAAACUUUCACAUGCAUCCUUUCACAUGCAUCCCAUUUAGCUGUCUGUUUCUUUCAUUUUCUUGAUACACAUUUCUUUGUCAGAAUAUAUGGCACUAUAAGAUCUAGAACCCUGGAAACUAUAAUUACAACUCAUCAUAAUCUAGACGAGAUGCUGUGCACAUAAAAAUUCAGCAGAAAUUAUUCAAUUUAUAUAUUACAUCAUAUUAUUGGAAAUUUACAUGUAUAAAUUAAGUUUGGUAGAUGCAGGGUGAUUUAACAAUAUACAAUGGAUCUGAUACAUUUUUGUGUUAAGUCAAAGAUUCAAUAUUCGUGGAACGUCUUCUCAAGAAAGCCAUUUUGUCAUGUAUGUAUGUUGUAAACAUCUCCAGCGUAACUUUUGAUGCUGGAGUUCCCAGGUUAGCUGACACGUGGAAGUUUAUGAACAGUACAAACUGAAAAUAUGUUUAUUGUGUAGAAUCUGUAGUAUGGUAUUGUAUCAGCAGGAUUUUUUUUAGGUCACAUUUAAUUUAUUGGAAGCAAGAAAGGAAUUGCUGAUAUUAUUUUCUUUGUCUCCUAUGAGUUGUGAGUCUCACUUUCAAAGUCUUGAUUUUUUUUAAACUAAUUUUUCUAAGAUAACUGUUUGUUUUUAUCAUCACAAAUACAUGGAUCUCUGAUUAUCGUUCUGUGUUUCUCUACACUGGUUUGAAAUGAUUUGAUGAAUGUAGAAUCUCUUGUAUGUAUUUGAGUGUUGAAUAUUUUAUUUUAUAUGGGGGAAAAUUAAUGUUCUGAUUAUCUGAUGUAGAUUUUGUUCAACAGAAAAAUUUAUUCUUUCUGAGAUUUUUUUAUUGCAUAGAUGUAGUUAAUGUAUAAUACUAGGAACAUAGCAUUUUUGUUCUGAUAUAUUGAAUUACAGUAAAACCUGCUUAUAGUGAAGUGCUGGCAACGAACAAUUACAGUAGAAUAUGCUUAUAGUGAAGUGCUGGGGACAAACAAUUACAGUAAAACAUGCUUUAUAGUGAAUGCUGGGGACAAACAAUUACAGUAAAACACACAUAUAUUGAAGUGCUGGGGACAAACAAUUACAGUAAAACACACUUAUUAUAGUGAAGUGCUAGGGACAAACAAUUACAGUAAAACAUGCUUAUAGUGAAGUGCUGGGGAUGAACAAUUCAGGUAAAACACAGUUAUAGUGGGUGCUAGGGAUGAACGAUUUUGGUUUGUUAUAAACAUAAUUUGUUAUACCCAGCAAAAACAUAAUAUGUUUUAAAACUACAGAGAAUGGAAUCAAAGCUGUAAGCAUGAAUUCACUAUAACCAUGUUUUACUGUAUUUGGCUUUUUUAUGUAUGAAUUAUCUGAUACAUUUAUUUUUUUCUGCCAAAAGUCUUUCUUUUUGUAUUAGUUUGCAAAAUGUGCAUCAGCUCUCUAUAUUAACUGCAAUGUUUACCUGUGUGGCUCUUAUUAAGUGAAGUCUUACAUGAAGCAAUGCGUACAGUAAACAAUUUACAUUCGUUGGUAGAACUUAGAAUGACAACAGCAGUGAAUCAAAACCACACUAAAUCCCUGAAAAUCCUAUCUCUAUCAGUUAUAUGAGAUGCAUGGUAAUUAAGGUUUAACUGUAAACCAAAAUGGUGAAAUUCAUACUUGCAGGGCUUUGCACUGUAUCCAAAUCGAUCAUAUAUAUUAUUGAAGAUAGAUUUUGCAUUUAGGUCUCAUAUAUAUAUUUUCAGAAAUCUAGAAAACAAACUUUGUGGAUAAUUAUUGCAUGUACCCUUAUUAUCAUUGCGAGAGGAUGUUCACAUGUGUGUAAGCGUGUGUAACUCUGAGCUUGUAGAUUCUCUACACAUUGUUUGAACUUAACUUCACUUAUAGCUUUAAUUGUUAUCAAAAGAGGAAGAAAUUAACCUAUCGAUUUUGGAGUUAAAUGGACAAAGGCCAAGUUCACUACAGGACUUCAUAGAAAAAAGCUUGUGGUCAGUCUAGAUGACAAAUAUCUUGCUCGAUUGAUCUGAUACUUCUCUUGUAGCUUUCUUAUCAAGAGAGAAAGAACCUAUUGAUUUGGAGAUCCAAAGGUCAAGGUUACCACGGGACUAAAGCUUGUAGACAUUCAUUGCAAUGGGAUAUACCCCACUUUGUGGAGCUGUUAUUUCCAUAUGCAAUUUUCACUGUGGGCCAAAACUGGACUUAAAACGGCUUUGAACUUGCGUGUACAUGUAGUCAUAGCAUUAUAUCCAAUGGACCUGAAAUUCGUAUGAAGACAGGAUUUAGACAAAGUUUUGAAACUAUGAAUUUCAAAAUAACAAGGAGUGAAUUUGGUCUGAAUAAAUUCAGAUCUUUGAUCUGCUGCGGAUUUGAUAUGUCACCUCACAAAGCAGUUACAUAUCAAUCAAAUUGAGGAGGGGAUCAAAGAUCUUAGUUUGUUUAUAUUGGAAGAUGCUCAAGUCAAUCUCACUUUAUAUCCAUGUAUUUAUCACAAUAUACUUUCGUUUUCACUUGCUUUUUGUUGUUGUUGUUGUUGUUGUUGUAAAUAAGUUGUUUGUUUUAAAUUUUAACUUGUUGAUGUGCCAUAGGGAACUCAGAUUCCUGACUGUUGAGAUCGGAGGUUGAGUGUAACCAUGCGUAUUUCCAGACCUUGUACAUUACAUAAUCACACAUCAUCUCUUGUUGUUUUAGUACUGUUCAAAAGAGAACAAUUCAUUGAAGAAUAUUGUAUAUGUUUAUUUAAAGGGACCGUUCAUAUUAAUUGAAAAAAAUAUAUUUUUUAUGUUAAACAUUGAAAAUAUAACUAGUUUAAAGUUGACAACCAGAAUUUGGACCUUCUACUUAAAAUGAUAUACAUGUAUCAUAAACUUAGAUUGAUACACAUUUUCAAAACUUUGUAAAUAAACUAUCUAUGAUUAUGAACUUCUGUCAUGACGUAUAACCUUUAUAUUUUUUUGGUGUGAAACCUUUCAGACACAUUAUAGACAGUAGAUUUUGAAAAUUUGGGGGGGGGGGGGUGUGAAACAGUUCCUUUAAUAGACAUACUACAUGUAUAAAUAUCUUUAUUAGUAUGUUGAUAUUUUUAUCUGCAUGUCAGUCACAAAUAAUCCUUAAAAAUUUAAAAUUGUGGGUUUUUUUUUUUAAAUUUGCUUUUCCAUUGAUAUAGUUUAUAUAUAGCUUGUUUGUGAUGUAAAUGGAGACUCGAAUUAAAGUAUGUUUUUCUAA